AUGUCUCUAGCUCCGGCCGAAGGGCCUGCCGAGGGCAAUGAUACCCCGGUAGCCAGCGCGCCCGCUUCAGAGAGCACAGGAGUUGACUCACAGGCAGCCAAGGAAGAGCCGCCCAUGUCCAAGAACGCCCUGAAGCGCCUGAGAAAGAAGCAAGAGUGGGAGGACGGCAAGGAUGACCGCCGCAAGCGCCGCAAGGAGAAGCGCGCCGAGCAGAAAGUGCGGAAGCGGGACGAGCGAGACGCUCUGAUAUCGCAGGGCAUCGACCCGGCCAGCCUGCAGCCCAAGAAGCUGCCCUCCGUCAUCGUGCCCUUAUCCAUCAUCCUGGACUGCGACUUUGAGAAGUACAUGUCCGAGAAGGAGCUCAUCUCCCUCUCCAGCCAGGUCACGAGGUCGUACUCGGACAACCGGGUGGCGCGGUACAAGGCCUACCUCUGGGUCGCGGGCUGGCAGGGCAAGCUCAAGGAGCGGUUUGAGACUGUGCUCGCAGACACGCACAAGAACUGGAAGGGGAUCGGUUUCGCCGAGGGCGACUUCGUGGAGUGCGCCGCGCAGGCACGGGACAAGAUGGCCGCACAGGGUGGCCAGAUGAUUGAGCCGCUGCAAAAGAGCCUCGAUAGCGAGAUUGUGUGGGCCAAAGAUGAGAAAGAUCCUUUCCCGCUCCCUGAUCCCGAGCCGGAAGUGAGAGAGGAACACAAGAACAUUGUCUACCUGUCCUCAGACUCCCCCUACACGCUGGAGCGAUUGGAGCCCAACACGAGCUAUGUCAUUGGUGGUUUGGUAGACAAGAAUAGGGAGAAGGGGCUCUGUUACCGGCGCGCAAGAGAGCGAGGGAUCCGGACAGCCAAAUUGCCUAUCGGCCAGUACAUGUUGAUGCAAAGCCGCCAAGUCCUAGCGACGAAUCACGUUGUUGAAAUCAUGCUAAAAUGGUUAGAGACAGAGGACUGGGGCCAGGCUUUCACAAGUGUCAUCCCAAAGAGAAAAGGUGGAAGAUUGAGAGGCGAAGAAGCAGAUGGGGAGUCAGAGGAGGACAAAGGUGAAGAGGCUCUGGAGGACGAGGUCGCUGCACAGGUUGAGGCUCACAAUGAAUCUGAGUCGAAGUCAUGA